AGAUUCUGUGAAUUUUCUAGGGUUUCUUUUUGAGAUUUUGAGAGUUCAAAAAGUUUUUUUUUUUUUUUUAAAUCAAAAAAGAGAUUUCGAUCAGAAUGAGCGGAGACAACGGCGGUGGUGAGAGGCGCAAAGGCUCCGUCAAGUGGUUCGACACCCAGAAGGGCUUCGGUUUCAUCACUCCUGACGAUGGCGGCGACGAUCUCUUCGUUCACCAGUCCUCCAUCAGAUCUGAGGGUUUCCGUAGCCUCGCUGCUGAGGAGUCUGUCGAGUUCGACGUCGAGAACGACAACAAUGGCCGUCCCAAGGCCAUCGAUGUCUCUGGUCCCGACGGCGCUCCCGUCCAAGGCAACAGCGGUGGUGGCUCAUCUGGCGGACGCGGCGGUUUCGGUGGUGGCGGAAGAGGCGGAGGCCGUGGAUCUGGCGGCGGAUACGGCGGUGGUGGCGGUUACGGAGGUGGACGCGGCGGUGGUGGUCGUGGAGGCAGCGACUGCUACAAGUGUGGUGAGCCAGGUCACAUGGCGAGAGACUGUUCAGAAGGCGGUGGAGGCUACGGGGGGGGAGGUGGUGGCUACGGAGGUGGCGGCGGAGGCUACGGUGGGGGAGGUGGUGGCUACGGAGGAGGUGGCCGAGGAGGAGGCGGCGGUGGAAGCUGCUACAGCUGUGGGGAGUCGGGUCAUUUCGCAAGGGAUUGCACCAGCGGUGGACGUUGAAAGGAUCGCAGGCCAGGCGGUUGAGAAGGGUGAAUCGGUCAUCUCACACAUGAUCGUAGGAUCUCAGUCUCGCCGUGUUCUAUCUCUCUAUUAUCCGCUCUUUGUUUCUUAUGAUGAUCUGUCUUUGUUAGUUCGUUCGUUUCGGAAUCUGUUGAUGGUUUCGGAUUAGGACCUCUUUUUUUUUUCCUUGUUAUUUUGCUACUUAUGGUUUAUUGCCUUUAUGGUUUAUUGGUAAUGCUACUUGUGAUGGGUGAAAAACGCUUCGCUUCUUCUGCUCUGUUUCAAGUGUUCAUACGCUAAACGUUAUUCUGGGUUUAAAAUCA